UGUGUAAACAUUAUAAUGUGGUUUUUCAAACCCUUAUACAGGUUGGUGGGGUUGAAGAGAUUAAAAGAAUGAGACAUAAAAUUAUAUUAUUAUAUUAUAUAUUAUUUUAUUAUAUUUAAAAAACAAACAAACAAACAAACAAAAACCGUAAAAUUAUUAAGGUGGACACAAUCGAAACAUUCAAUUGAACACAAUUUCUGGGUCAAGCUUCUAAGGGGUAGGUCAUCACAUCAGAGACACAGAGCAAAGCAGCUGUUAUAUGACUCCUCUCCAAUCGUAUCUCACUUUUCUAGCAGAGGAUUGCCAAAACUUUCUGCAAGAGUGGAGAUGGCUGCUUCAAAUGUUUAAAGUCUCAUGCACAAUUUAGGACAAUCACAAACUACCUUGUUUUGUCAAAAUUAUAUGUGAAUAGUGUUUCUUGAGUUGUACACACAAUCACAAUGACACUCCUCAUAUCAGCCAAGUGAUCAAGUUUAAUUAACCAGAGAAAUUUGCUUUUAAAAGCCACUGCACUGUCUAGAUAUUACACACACACACCGGCAGUCAUUGGACAGAUCACACAGAUAGUAUCAUAAGCUGUAUGGAAUGUACGCACAAUGACAAAUCCAACCUGUUUCUGAGUUUAUAAUCACACUUUUGAUUUAACAUGAACAUACACGCUUACAGUCAUGCAAAGAUAGCUGAAACAGAUAUUUUCCUGUUAUCUGAAGUGCUUCACUGUACAAAAAUUACAGUUGUGCUAAGAUGGCUGAAUCGAGUGGAUCAUCCUCACAACCUGAAGAAGAUCAGGACAGCUCAUCGUUGUUCCAUAGAAAAGGAAGCAAACAACGUAUUCCUCCGGCCAUGGCAAACAAACAACUGAAAGGAAUUUCUGUCUCCAGUCUCUCAUCCAGACGGAUUGUUCUUCUGGGUAAAAGUGGUGCUGGGAAAAGUGCAGCUGGAAACAAAAUACUGGGACAAAAAGAGUUCAGAUCUGAGAGAGGAAGGAGAUCAGUAACCCGUGAAUGUUCAGAAGCUCACGCCACUGUUUCAGGCAGAUCUGUGUCUGUAGUUGAUACUCCUGGAUUAUUUCACACAGAGAUAAAAACUGAGGAGUUAGCUGUAGAGGUAGAGAGAUGCGUUUGUUUAUCCAGUCCUGGACCUCAUGCUUUUCUCAUUGUGUUUCCUGUGAUUAUGAGAUUCACUGAGAUGGAGCAGCAGAUUCCUCAGGAGAUUGAGAUGAUGUUUGGUGAAGAAGUGUUAAAAUACUCCAUCAUUCUCUUCACUCAUGGAGAUCGGAUAGAUAAACCCAUAGCGGAACUCAUUAGGGGGAACAGUAGAUUAAGAGAUCUAGUUGAUCAGUGUGGAGGCAGAUUUCACAUCUUCAACAAUGAAGAUCAGAAUAACAGAGAGCAGGUGAAUGAUCUACUGCAGAAGAUUGACACAAUGAUAGAGCAGAAUGGAGGAGGACACUACAGUAAUCAGAUGUUUGAAGAUGCUCACAGAUUCAGACUAGAGGAAGAAGAGAGGAGAUGGAGAGGAGAAGAGAGGAGAAAGCUACAAGAAAAAGGUUGUGGGAUAAAAAUGGGUGGAACACACUCAAUGCCGAAAGUGUGCUUGCAUUUGGUCAUGCUGGGAAGAACAGGAGCUGGGAAAAGUUCAACUGGAAACACAAUACUGGGACGACAAGCUUUUAGUUUAUUGAAGAGUUACAAAUCUGUCACUCAAGAUAUUGCUGCAGAAGUCGGUGAAGUGUGUGGAUUUGCAGUCAUUGUUUAUGACACUCCAGGAAUUUCUGGUACAGAGAGAGAGGAAGAACUUAGACAAUUUGAAGAGCUAAUCCAGAAAUGUGGAUCAGGCCUGUGUGUAUUUCUGCUGGUUCUCCAAGGAGACCGAUUCACUCAAGAGGACCAGAAAAUCAUGGAGAAGAUUGAAGAGCUGCUGGAAGAAAAACACAUUGAAAACACCUGGAUUCUCUUCACCAGAGGAGAUCAACUGGGUGAAGAAAACAAGACCAUAAAUAAAGUCAUUAAUGAGACUGAAUACUUGAAGAAGCUUACUCAGAAAUAUGAGGGCAGAUUCCAUGUGUUCAACAACAAGACAAAAGGACCGAGUGACCAAGUGAAAUCUCUGAUAACUAAAGUUUUCCAGAGGAACUUACAGAGAUUUUCCAAACAUCCUUGGCGAAGUAUUCCCAUCAGUAUCCAGGACACCUCUGAUGACAGUCUCUCAUACAGAAGGAUUGUGUUGCUGGGUAGAAGAGGUGUUGGGAAGAGUGCAGCUGGAAACACGAUACUGGGACAGGAAGUGUUCAAAUCCACAAAUGGCUCAAAUGCAGUAACCCGUGAAUGUUCAGAGAAACGUGUCACUGUUUCAGGCAGCAAAGUAUCUGUAGUUGAUACUCCUCCAUUCUUUGACACAGGGAUGAAUCCAGAGCAGAUAAUGACGGAGAUAGCCAGAAGUGUUUAUUUAUCCAGUCCUGGACCGCACGCUUUUCUCAUUGUGUUUAAGGUCAAUAUAAAGAUCACUGAACAGGAGCAGCAGAUCCCUCAGAUGAUUGAGAUGAUGUUUGGUGAGGGAGUGUUAAAAUACUCCAUCAUUCUCUUCACUCAUGGAGAUCUGCUAGAAGGAAAAUCCAUGGAGCAAGUCAUUGAGAAAAACAAUGCAUUAAGACGUCUAGUUGAUCAGUGUGGAGGCAGAUUUCACGUCUUCAACAAUAGAGAUCAGAAUAACAGAGAGCAGGUGAAUGAUCUACAGCAGAAGUCUAACAUAAUGAUAGAGCAGAAUGGAGGAAGAUACUACAGUAAUGAGAUUUAUGAAGAUGCUCAGAGAUUUAAACAAGAGGAAAGAGAGAGGACACUGAAAGAAGAAGAGUUGAGACAGAGAGAGGAAGAGGAGAGAAAACCACAAGUGAAAUUCGGCAGAGUUUUGAUUGUUUGUGCUGGAGCUGCUGUUGCUGCGCUUGUUGGUGCUGCUCUUGCUGGAGCUGCUGGUGUUACGGCUGCUGUUGGAGCUGUUGUUGGAUCUGCUGCUGCUGCUGGAGCUUUUGAUGAUGUAGCUGCUUGGACACAGAGGAGAAAGAGAGAGGAAGAGGAGAGGAGACAACAGGAGGAAAAUGAAGAAGACCGGAACUUGAGAAAGUUAAAAUGAGAAACAGUUAUGAAGAAGUUAAAAGGUCAAUUAUGAAGAAUGAAAGAGAGACAGAAAAGAAAGAAAAAAUAUUAUAAAAAUCUUCAUCAUCAUUAUCAUCCUCACUAGCCAGGUUUCAUCCAAGGAUUUAUUUAUUUUUUUUGUGAAUUGUUUUUUAGCAAUUCAAAAUGUUUAAUGUUUAUAUGCCGUUUGUCGAUAAAAAAUUCUCAAAUAUCGACACAAUCUUUUUCCGUUCUAUAUGUCUGAUGUCAUAUUUCCGAUGUCACAAAAAUUUGUUUGGAAACAUUUUUUGUCAAGAAAAAGAGCUUCAGUGUAAAUUAAUGUGCUGUCACAUGACAGAAUUAGCCUACACAUGCUGCGUCCGCACGAAUGUUGCUUUUAUUUCAGUUUACAAAAAUCACUUUACUUCAGCAUCUGAAUAAUUAAAAGUAAUGUCAUAUAUUUGCAUUUCAAUUUCACUAAACUGUUCAUUAAUAUUCAUUAAUAUAUAGUUUUAGCUCAAUUUGGAAAAUAAAGUAGUUGACUCCAAAAAGCUCUAAUAAAAUUUGAGAAAUGUUAUGUGAAAAUAAGCAUCAGACCAUUUAACCAGUUUAACCUUCCUCCUUGUUCAUUUUUUAAAGUUAGACAUCAACCUUCUUGGUAUUUCUCAU